GCUAUCAUUCGCCCAUCAAUGAAAAUGCAGCAUCAUCUUCAAAUACUAUUUAUGAUUCAAAUAGUAUGCUACUGUCAAAUCCUAAAACAGAGGAUGAUGUUUUGUGUGAAAGUAAUCCUCAAAGUUUUUCUAUGUUAGAUGAUGAUAGUGUGGAUAAGCUAGAGAUUGAAGAUGCCAAACGCAUG